AUGAUGCGGCGUGCUAGGUGCUGCUUGUAUCCCGCGGCGUCGCUGUCCGCUUUCGUCACUUGCCAUGCGGCCUCUACGCAUCCCGAGCGUCUGCUGACAGCCGACCGACGAUGUGUGGCACUGCUGUCGAACUCCCAUGACAUUUUUGAGAACCUCGCCGCUGAGGAGACACUGCUUCGCGGCGUCGUGAUUCGUCCAGGCCAGCAAUUCCUCUUCAUGUACGUCAAUCGUCCGUGUGUGGUCAUUGGCCGCAACCAGAACUAUAUCCAUGAGGUUGCCUUUCGCAAGGCGCGGCGUGACGGCGUCGCGGUUGCCCGCCGAGCCUCUGGUGGCGGCGCAGUCUAUCACGACACGGGGAACGUGUGUCUGUCCGUAUUCACUCAUCGCGAUGACUAUCAUCCGGAGAGGAGCAUUCAGAUACUGCGUCUGUUUCUCUGCCGUGAGUACGGCAUUCACCCUGACCGUCUUACUACGACAAGCCGAUAUGAUCUCUUUCUUGACGGGAGGAAAAUAACGGGAUCUGCAAUGCGGGUGCAAAGGGAUAUUUCGUACCAUCACUUUACCCUUCUGGUGUCUUCGUGUCGUGAGCGGCUCGGCGCCUAUCUCCACUCGGAGGGACAGCACGUUUCCUUCUCCACCUUGUCUGUGGGCUCGGUCCGCUCGCCUGUGACUACGCUGCAGCGCGCUGGAGUUUUGCCGGCGUCAUUGUGUGACGACGGAAGCAAUGGCAAAGCGGUGCAACACAUUCAAGACGCUGCAGCGAAGUUUUUUCUCCUUCAUGCGAACGACAUUUUGGCGCACCGGGCGCCGUGGGAGCUGGACCCCUCUGCGCUCAUCACGCCGGGGCAGGAGGAGAUGGCCUCGCGGUUGCACGGCGAUGAUAUUUUUCUGCUUGAUGUCGUGGGAGCACGGCAGCAGGAUACGCCCAUUGUGGACGGUGAGCGCCGCAAAGCACCUUCGGGGUCUGCCAAGAGUGUGCGGGAGGAGGUGAUACGCCUAAGUUCUUCGGACUGGCUAUUCUCCAUGCCUAAGUUCGAGACGCGCAUCGCCGUGAGCGCAGCGGACAUUCUUGCUUUGAAGGAUGACACGCCAACGUGCCGUCGCAUUACACCAAGCGUCGUUACAUAUUUGAUGCAGGGUCACGAACGGCUUGACAUCACCACAGUUGUCGAGAGACGCCGGGUGACGUCGGUGACAGUCUGCUGGGUGGACAAGGCAGGCGACACGCCCGAGGAGGCGUGGUGCGCUUGCCUCUUGAAGACUCUGCUGGAAGGCAACAACGUGGACAGUGCUGCUGUUGAUGUGAGUGAGGAGAAUGCGGUGCUUAUGGCUGCGAUUCAGAUGGAAUGCCGUGGUCUCCUCGACGGCAUGCCUUGUGCUGCCGAUUCGACAGAUGGGGGACAGGACGCGUUGCUUCUCUUCCUACAAGCGUUGUUGUGUGCGUGGCGUGAUAAGAACGUCUUCACCCCUGUUGAGGACUAA